CUCACAGAUAUUCCAAGUUUUUUCUGGUUAUAAUCGCUGUUGAAUACAGAAUAAUGAGCGGGUUCAAGUCCAUCUUUCUGCUCAGUUGUUUGGCUGUCUUCCUUAUCCCACGGGACACUGAGGCACAGGCCACUAUAAAUGAAAGCUGGGGAAAGCUGGCCAAAUGUACUCAGGUGGGCAUCGAAACACUGACCACCCUGGCCGACGGAAUUAUCCCGACCAUAUAUGAGUUGAAACAAUGCUCCGGAUACGUGUCUUUGGAGCCGCCAAACGGCCAGCACAGAAAGGUCACCUGGUACCUAAAGAUAUCCUAUGAAUUCUUCAAGAAACUGGUCUUCGACGAACCCAGAUGUCUGCACAGUCUUCUCAACAAGUUGGCUGUUACCAUCAAACCAUAUGCCGAGCAGAUAUCGGUACUAGGUUGCUUGGACGAAGACGAUUAUAUCAUUUAAAGAAAGAAUGUGCACAUUACCAAAAUAAAUCGAGAGCAAUAUGGGGUCUCAAAUGUGAGCAAUAUAAA